AUGAAUUUGAUGAAUAUAAAAAAGAAAAUCGAUUUAUCUAUUGAUGAUCCUCUUGUAAGAAAUGAAGCACAACGUUAUUCAGUUGGGACACGUCUUGCUUUUUUACCAGAUGAUGUUAUUGGUCAAUCAUGGUACUUUCGUCUUUUAACACUUAUUUAUUAUUAUAUAUUUGUUUAUUUUCAUGAUUUUGAAAUUAUUGGUUUAAAUAAAAUCGAUCCUAACAAAGGUUGUCUUUUUAUUUCUCGACAUUCGACACAUAAUGCAGAAAUUCAAGGUGUUAUUGUAUUCGUAUAUCAUAAAACAGGUCGAGUAAUUAGAUCUUUAAUUCAUCGUUAUUUAAUUCCAUUAUUUCCAAUACUUCGAUUAAUGGGUUCUUUACCAGGAGAGCGAAAUACUGCAUUAUCUUUAUUAAAUAGUCGAUUUUGGGUUGCUGUUAUACCUGGUGGAGCCGAUGAAGCUAUGAUUGGUCAUGAAAAUGCAUAUAAAGUCUAUUGGCCUAAUAAACGAAAAGGUUUUGUUCACGUAGCAACACAAGCUCAAGUAUCAAUCGUACCCACAUUUAUGUCGAAUCAAGAAGAAAUGCGUUGGAAUCCAAUACUUUAUCUAUGGAAUUUUUUCUAUCUUGGACGUUUAUUUUUCUUUAUUGUUAAUUUAAAUAUUCCAAUCUUAACAUCAUUAUUAAAAGUAAUUGGUUCAAUUAUUUGGUUUUCAAUGACAUGGAUUCAAAUUCCAAUACCAGCUAAAUUAACUUUAUAUAUUGGUGAUCCAGUUGAAUAUGAUUUAUCAAAAGAUACAAUUGAUGAUGUAAUUUUAAUUGUUGAACGAUGUCGUUUGAGUUUACAAAAUUUAAUUAAUCGUCAUCAACCAUAUGGAAAAUCUUAUUCAAAUGCAAUUCAACAACGAAUUGAAUCAAUCAAAAAAUAUUGCAAACAUCAUAAAACUUUUUGA